GUGGGCACCAGCCCCCACGCCAGCCCGCCAGCCAGCCCAGCGGUCGUGUCCCGGCGCCGGCGCAGAAUAAGCUGUCUGAGCUGCCCAGACUGCUGGGGAGCAGUGAGCCGGCUUCCGCGAGCCGGAGGAAGCACAGGCGUGUCCUGGGUACCCGCAGGUCUGCGCGUCUGUUGUUCCCAGCGCUCUGAGAGGCCUGAAAAGGAGGAGCAACCUGUCCAGAAUCCCCGCAGGAAAGGAAAAGGAGGGGAAAUCUCGACAUGGAAAAAUUCUUCAAUGAAAAUGAAGGAAUGCUUUGGAACCAAGGAAAGAUAGAAAAUGAAGAACAGCCACCGGACGAGGGAAAGCCAGAAGUAGCUUGUACUCUGGAAGACAAGACGUUAGAAAACGAGAGAAAGACAGAAAACAAGGGCAAGACAGGAGAUGAGGAACCGUUAAAGGAUAAAGAAAAGCCAGAGAGUGCAGGAAAGGCAAAAGGAGAAGGAAAGUCAGAGAGGAAGGGAAAGUCAGAGAUGGAGGGAGGAUCAGAGACAGAGGGAAAGCCAGAGAGAGGGGGAAGGGCAGAGGGGGAACGAGAGCCAGACAGUGAAAGAGAGCCAGAGAGUGAGGGAGAGCCAGAAAGUGAAAGGAGGUCUGAAGGAAAGCGCCCGGCUGAGGAUGAUAUACCCAGGAAAGCCAAAAGAAAAACAAACAAGGGGCUGGCUCAGUACCUCAAGCAAUAUAAGGAAGCCAUACAUGAUAUGAAUUUCAGCAAUGAGGACAUGAUAAGAGAAUUUGACAACAUGGCUAGGGUGGAGGAUAAAAGGAGAAAAAGCAAACAGAAAUUGGGGGCGUUUUUGUGGAUGCAAAGAAAUUUACAGGACCCCUUCUAUCCUAGGGGUCCAAGGGAAUUCAGGGGUGGCUGCAGGGCCCCACGAAGGGACACUGAAGACAUUCCUUACGUGUAGUGUCCCUGGCAGACAUUUAUCAGGCCAUAUGUUUUAACCUUAUGGUAAUACUUUGCUUUAGUUGUUCCUCCUGCUACCAGUAGCCUUUUGACCCACCUGCCAGUGCUUGCUUGCUCUAUGUUUCAGUAGCAGAUUUUCAUACCUGUGCAUUUCAGAGACGUCAUGAUUCAUGGAAAAAUAAAGCAGCUUGUAAUAUCA